GAAAGCUGCAAGUUGGAAGAAGAAAAAUUAUCAGAAUGAGGAGUUUCAUCAUCAUCACUGUGCUGUCAGCACUUGCAGCCUGCUAUGGUGUCGCUGUACCUCCGAGUGAGGAGGUAUACGGAGGUUACACCUUAUUAUUUGAUGACAUAUCGCCCGAAGGAAGGAUUGUGUCUAGCGCCGAGCUUAAUGCCGGAUCUGACAGAUGGGUUAAACUAUCUGAAUCGAUUUUGGACGUCCCAGCGGUCCCUGGGCACGUUCAGCGGAUUGGCACCAAAUAUGAGGGUGAUGCUUCAGUCGUCAUAACGCGCUGGAGUGUAACUUCUGACGUACCGACUGCAUCGUAUAGUUUCAGUCCCUUUGGAAGUAAUUUAAUGGAAGUAACGAUACAAUCACAUCUUGGUAAUAGAAUAUAUUCCACUGUAACGAUAUAUGGGGUCAUUCUAAAUAAAUAAAAUUUAUUUUCAAACAUAAAGUCUAGAAAUGUACAGUUUUGCUUAAAGCUAUAUAAUAUAAAGUUCACAAUAUAAGGUGCCUGAACUAGGACAUCCUGUGUUUCAGGCGAGGUUAGGUAACAGUAACAAACAUUGUUAUAUAAUCACUAGUAUUUAAAUGCUAAUAAGUUAAGGUAAAUUAUGACAAAGGUAAUGGCCCAUUUAGUGUGAAGAAUAUACCCACGGCGUACAGAAAUAAAAUAUGGCGGGAAUCAAAGACAAAUGAUUAUACUUUUCAAUGAUAAGUGGCGCAUUGCUGUGGCUCAUGGGGAUCAUGAAAGAAUAAUAAUAAAAAAAUGUAAUCUACCUAAUAUGAAAACUUAUAACUUAUGGUUUUUGCGUGAGCGCAACAAAGCUGGUUAUCAACACGGGUAAGACAGAGACAGCAAUAUACGUGUAUUAUAUUACCUGACCGAACGAGUUUGCUUUAUGUGUGAUGAUAUUUAUAUUUAACAAAACAAUGGCAAAAUAAG